AUCUUUAGGGAAUCGGCCGGACAUUACCCGCCAGCUCCAAUGCAAGCAAAAAAAGGAGAUCGACGUCUCGCUCGACGAGCUGAAAAAACUUGAUCGAGAAAAAGGAAGCGCGGGAGAGCUAAUAAAAUUUAUCCGCGGCGCAUAAUGAAGGUGGGAACGCAAGUCUCAAGGCGACCGUGGAAACUUCCGUAGGCGAUUAAACCGCGAUCAUUUGGCGAUAUCUUCUCGAAGCUUGGCAACAAAAAAGGUUCGUAGGAAUUUGUGUGUUAAAUAUGAUGUUUGUGAUACCACUAUUGGGACGUAAAAUCGGAAACGAGAGUUCUAGAAGUUCGAUGAUCUAACGAUUCGAACUCUCUCGUCGCCGGAGAUGUGCGUUAGAGCCAAGUGGGCCAAUGAGAUGGUAAUUUUUCCGGCUUCGAAGAUUCUCAAUGGACGUAGCUGGUUCUCGCAUGGCAGACUAAUUUUUUGUUUUAUAUUUUUGAGGCUCGAAAGUCGGCGUCAUCAUUGUGUAUACUUUCGCGUAAAACAACUAUUGGACGAUGCGUCAUCGUAAUCCGUUCGAAAUUUUAUUACGGGGAGAUUUAUCGCCCAUAACAACACCGAAGUAUCCUGCGCACUCGGAGAUUUAUUAUUAAAUAGAUCACGCAGAGGAUGGGUGCGGAAAAACACACCGACGAAUACAUUACUUUGUUUGGUUUUCCAAUCAAAACGCUUCUAUUUUGUAGGCCGUAAACGAGGCAUUAUGACACCAACGCAAUCGUUGCAAAAAAAGCGGAAUCUCAUCAAACGGUUUUUCUCGACGACUCAUUUGUCGUGAUUAGACGCACGACGAAUAAAAGUCCAAGUUCAGUACAUGUGUGGAAAUACACCCAAUUUGCGAAUUACGCGCGAACGUCAACUCGCGAGUUAUUAUUUAACUUUGUUCGCGUAUCAUAACGAGAAGGAAUCGCUAUUGCGUCACAACGCUACUAGUAUAGUUACUAUGUUAAUUCACCUUUGCGAUUCAGUUUCCAACGUGCAAGCGUCAUAUGAAUAGUGAAUGCAAACAAUAAUAUCGGGCGUGUAAUUUGAGAGCAAUGAUAUCACGAUUGUUUAAAUUUGAUAGAAUUUCGAUCGAUACUGAAAGUGCGAUAGCCGCUAGUAAUUUUAUUUUUUAUAUGUUACUUGUCAGCGAAGUGAAUGGAUUCAAAGAUGUGACAAUCGGGAACAGUAAUGACUUGCCAAUCAUACCCUAAUAACUGGCAGACUGAGAUUGCCUUUUGCGAAUUAUCGAUUUUCCGAUCGUUCAACGUUUAAAAAGGAAUUUACUUCAAUUAAUCGCGGCGUUAACGGGCAGUGGCAUUAUUAUUUAAACACAUUUGUUACAAAUUGUUCAUUUUAAAUACGAAUCAGCAUCGGAGUAACGGUUCAUUCUUAUUUUCGCUUUUGCAUAUUAUAAAAUGUGUCAUUCCAAGCUAUAAAAUACCAGCUUAAAAAGCACGCAUUUUAUCGACAAAUUCGAGCUUCUCGUUUAGUAGAGUAAGGGGUGCGCAAUUGAUCGAACAAAAAAUCGCCGACAAGGUAAAACAUGCAAUCACCAUGACGAGUGCGAUCCCCGGCAAAAAUCUCAUUAGUCUGAUCGCGUUGCAAAUAACGCAGGCGGCGCGACAAAGUCCAUAACGAAAACAGCGAAAAGUCAGACGAGUAUAGAAAAAAUAGUGGAAAUUCGCAAAACUGCAAGCGAGAAACAAAUCUUCCGCGACUUGACGUCAUAUAUAGAGACGCGUUGCGAUUGUAUAAUCGUCGCUGGGAUAAUCGAAGAUACGAUGCGAGCACGUGGCGCGUGUAUACGAGCCGGUUCUCGUUACGUUCUCAUUCGCGUCUGGUGGCAAAUGCGCGACAAUCACGGAGAUGAGAAUUGAAAACUCGUGACGAUUAGGAGAUGAUGCGCGGGGAAUCAAUGGUCCAUUAUACGUUGUAACGUAAAAUCGCAAGCUGAUGGAAUCCUGCGAUAAAAGCCAAGUCGAUCGAACCCGCCAGCACGAAAAACAAUCACCCACUACACUUUCGCAUCAAUGCACUCUCGCACAAUAUAAUCCAGCCGAACAUUUUAGCAUAUCUUCAAUGUCGCCCCGCGUGUCAGCGAUGCACUUACACACACACACACACACGCGCGCGCACACACACACACACAGACAAACAGACGCACAUCCUCCCGUCAACUAGAUCACGACUGACUUCCAAACGAAGCGUCCCCAUCAUUCCCACAAUCAUAAUGCACUUCUCUUCCCCCGACUGCAGUCGAGACCGAAAUGAAAAAAAGAGAGAAAGAAAAGCCAGGCGGCCCAUCCGCCUCGCAUAAAUAAUUCAGACAUCGGUCGCUCGGGGAGUGCGAAAAUCGAGUGACAUUUCGCCGAUCGUCCCGCCGCACGCUCGCAUACACGCUAUAUUAUUACACGCACUACGCACACACACACACGAGCGCGCGCGGAGGCGUAUACACACAUAGUGUAUAUAGCAGCAACAACAGCGCCGACAGGUAGAUACGGAGCCGGUGGCGCGAGAGAAGGAAGGAUAGAUAAUCGGAACAAGGCGCGCAGGGGGACGGCUAAGGCGAUAUAUAAGACUGGCCCGAGCACGCGGAGACUUCAGUUUCUGGACGCAACAGGAGACAGGCAGAUAGCCGCGCGCACUCGCGCUAUCGCAGACGUAAACACGCAUUGUUCGACACUACACGUUCUAUACACGCUGCUCCUGGAGGUCCGGAUCUGGAAAGCCGCAUCGGCAGCUGCUUUUUCUUCAUCGGGCCGAAGACGAUUUAAAAAACGGUCAGUUCCGAGAGAGUGAAGCCAGUGCUCCGAGCUCGGGAUAACCUUCGGCUGAGGCUCUAUAUACAUUUACGCUUGCCUGGUAUCGCAGACUCCUCUAUACGCACGCACGGCUAAAAUGGCGCAACUCGUGCGAAUGGCGUACGACGGCUAUCGGGACCUGAUGGACAACAAGAGCGACCCCAGGGUCAACGACUGGUUCUUGAUGAGCAGUCCAUGGCCGACUCUGGCGAUCUGCCUCUCCUAUGCCUACUUCUCCAAAGUCCUUGGGCCCAAACUGAUGGAGAACAGAAAGCCGUUCGAUCUCAGAAAGGUCAUGAUCUGGUACAACCUCUUCGAAGUCGUAUUCUCGUCGUGGCUCUUCUACGAGUGCCUGGCGUCCGGCUGGGGCGGCGACUACUCGUUCAGGUGUCAGCCGGUGGACUACUCGCGCAGUCCCCAGGCCAUGCGAAUGGCGCGCGGCUGCUGGUGGUACUUCUUCUCCAAGUUCAUCGAGUUCGCCGACACGCUCUUCUUCGUGCUCCGUAAGAAGAACGACCACAUUUCCACACUGCACGUGAUUCAUCACGGAAUCAUGCCGAUGUCCGUUUGGUUCGGCGUCAAGUUCUCGCCAGGCGGUCACAGCUCUUUCUUCGGCCUGCUCAACACCUUCGUCCACAUCGUCAUGUACAGCUACUACCUGCUGGCAGCUCUGGGACCGAAGAUCCAGCCGUACCUCUGGUGGAAGAAGUACCUGACCGCGCUGCAGAUGAUCCAGUUCGUCCUGGUGAUGAUCCAUGCGUUCCAGCUGCUCUUCAUCGACUGCGACUACCCCAAGGCCUUCGUCUGGUGGAUCGGCAUGCACGCCGUGCUCUUCUACUUCCUCUUCCGCGACUUCUACAACCAGGCCUACACCAAGAAGGCCCAGAGGAAGGCGACGGCCGAGGCCAAGGAGGCGGCCAAGCAAGAAGCCCUGAAGGAGAAGAAGCUCGAGAGCGAGAAGCUGCUGAAGGAGCAGGAGUCGGAGAAGCAGAGCGAGAACGGCUCGGUAUACCCGAGCCAGUACAAGAUGGCCACCGCCUACAUAAGCGACAGCGGCCUCAGGAACAGGGUGUUCAUCGACAAGCGAGGCGGCUUCGACGAGUGAUCGCCAGCAGAGUCGGCUUGUCGUUCCUAAUACCUUCCUUCGCAUCAUCGUCGCUGCAGGCUUUCGCGCGCCACGGGAGCAUCCGUUUUCGGGACGUUCUCGCGCAGCCAGUUGACCAUGGCAAUACACGUUCUGGACUCUGGAUCCGGACAGCCCGCCGCGAUUCCCGUCGUCAAUCUCUGAGACUGAAGAAUAAGCCCGUGUACAGUUAUGAUAUAGGAACAGUAGCGCCAACGACAUAUACAGGGGGGAGAGAUUGCACGCAGCGAAUCGGCGACGUUGGACGAAUCGCGUAAAGACUUUUUUUGAGUAUGUCUCGCUUGCCUCUUGUCCUCUUAUCUAGGUUUCAGUGCGGAUGACCGAGUGAAUGAGUGCGGAGUACGAGAGUAUGGAUCGCGCACACAAAGGCUGUUUCGAGAGUUGAAAAUGCAGCUCGUCGAACAACGGAUUGUUUGGUUCCAGCACACCGGUCCUUUGGAGAAUGGACUAUUUUGUAAAAAUAGCUCCUCGCGAUUUCCAAGCGACCGCUGACGCGAAAUGUUCUAAGCUCUAUUCUCAGGAGCGCGGUGUAUAGCAGCGCAGUCCGUUGCUCGGCGACCCGACAUACUCAAGAAUAAAUCGUCAAAAAAAUAAAUAAAUCGAGUAGCAGAGUUUGCGUAACGACAAUUUCACAAUGAAUGAGUGCCAAAAAUUAAUGUUUUAAGAAAACUACUUUUUAAGGAUAUGCAGGACAUCGUUGUAGUGGAGAGCAAAGCAAAAUUGUGUAUACAUCUGUAGUCCACGUUGGGAAAUUUCGGAUUGAAACGCCGUUCGAUUGAUUUUCACCCGGAUUCUCAAUUUCGAUCUCUGUAUAUUUUCAUCGAUAUUUCGUCUAAUUGAGAUAGAAGUGACGCAUGAAAAAUAUUAUUCGAUUCAAUCCGAAAUUUCGACGAGCAAGAUUUGUGUAUAGAAAUAGUUAGAAAACCUAACCCUAUAUACCCCAUUUGUCUUCACUGUUUUUUUUAACAAGAAUUCCUUAUAGUUCUUAGAACUUCGCGCCGAAUCAGUGAUGGCAUUUAUAUUUAUUUCUUGAUAUACACAUAUGUAAACCUUUGUUGAUCUAAUUUAAGUUGUGGACAAUCUGUAUUUUACAAGCGGAUCACGAUAGUUUGUUUGUUUUUAUUUUUAAUUAACUAGUUUUAAAAUAAUGAAGUAUAACAUGAUUUUUUAAAAGACGAAUUUUUGUUUGUAACGAUUUGUGUGAAACUAUCAUUAAAGAACAAUACUUUUAUAUUUA